CAUGCGAAAAGCCAUUACCAAGAUUUUUUCAAACUUUUCAUCUUCGGUUUUAAAGAAAAAGUUCAGCUGUAAAAUUUGGUUGCUUUUUGGAACAAGCUCCAAUUCCUAUUUUUGAAGACUCUGCACCAAUUGGAACCAACUCUUGAAGAACUUUUGUUGGUGAUUCUAGUUGAUUUCGUUUAGAUUGCAACUGCAGGUGUUAGUUUUCGAUUUAACGUGGCAUUGUAACCAUGAAGAAUAAAUACACCUCUGUUUCAGACUCUGAAGAGUCCUUAAAAACGCUCACUGAUGAAAAGUUAGACACGCAUUCUGCAGAUAGUACGCCUCCUCCAUAUUCAGCUCCGAACAAAUUUAUUGAUUUAGAAAUGGCUGAUGGAUCCACUCAGCAUUCUGCCCAAGAGUCCACUAACAAUAUUGGGUCGGAUUCGACAUAUUCAAAGUGGGUUUCAGCGAAUAUCUUCUUUUUUUUUGCGUCUCUUGGGUACAUUGGGGCUUAUGGUAUUCUUCUCGUAAUGUUCUUUUAUUUCAAGGUUCCUGUGAGGACACAAGACUUUUGGGGACUUUUUGGCGGAUUUAUUGGAGCGAUAUCAUUAUUUCUCUAUUCAAUGUCUCAAUAUCCUAAAGAAUGGUUCAAGCAAACUGGUAGAGUGCUGUCCUAUUUGUUCUCGCAAAUUUGUAGUGUACUGCCCAACAUGUGUGUCGCAGUAAUAUGUACGGCUUCUCUGAAUGUCGUUGGUUUCGUCGUCUAUCGUACGACGGAUACGCGACAACUUCGAAUAUUCAUUGCUGAUUUAGGAUACGGCAUGGGAAGCAUAGGAUACGGCAUGGGAAGCAUAGGAAACGGCAUGGGAAACAGCAUAAGAAAUGCUGCGAAUUAUGUUCGACCGACAGAUCCAGAAAAUGAAGCACCUCGUAACGAGGAAAUUGAGCUUCAACCUCUUGCUGAGCAAAGCGCUGAAGUUUGAGUUUUAACGAAUCUUUUCCAUCCCUCCUAUAAAUCACAUUUUCCUUGGAAGCAUUCAUAUCAAUUGCAAUCCCUCGAGUUUCUGCAUUCUUGUCCACAAAAGUAAGCACAGCUUCAUUCGGCAGGUUGGAUUGCUUUUCACGUUCACUCUUUUAUGAAUCUAAGAAUUCGUCUCGCAAUAGUGUUAUUUAUGAAUCGUUCGUUUUCUUUCUGACGAACAUCCUUGUUAAAGCGACCUUUUUAAUGAUCAUUUAGUUGUUAUGACGAUAAUUUUGCAAAAUAAUCAACUAGUUUCUAAUUCAAAGCUGGACGUAUUCAGAUUGGCCGUUUCAACUAAUGUAGUUUAAUAAUUUACUUCUCAACUACAGCUUCGUC